CCCCAGACUGUGAAUUCCAGAAUCGAUCUAGCUUUGAGGACAGAGUGAAGGUUACCUGCUUCAACAGUGCUUGAACGGCAACCGAUCUUUUGUCUUUCUACAUUAUUCAACAUUUUUGAUUCCAAUCAAAACCUAAAGUUUGAUUUAAAAACGCUUGCUUUGUAAAAAAACAAAUUUAAACGUAAACCAGCGUCGUUGACCAUCUGUGCUAAUAACAUCUGAAGAGCAGAAAAAUACUUUGAAGAAAAAUGACCUCUCAGGUGAGACAGAACUUCGAGGAGGCCUGCGAAGCGGCCAUCAACCGUCAGAUCAACAUGGAGCUGUACGCGUCCUACGUCUAUCUUUCCAUGUCGUACUACUUCGACAGAGAUGAUAAGGCUCUCAACAACUUUGCAAAGUUCUUCCUCCAUCAGUCCCACGAAGAGCGUGAACAUGCUGAGAAACUGAUGAAGUUUCAGAACCAGAGGGGAGGGAAGAUCUUUCUGCAGGAUGUGAAAAAACCAGAGAAGGAUGAGUGGGGAAGUGGUGUGGAAGCUCUCGAAUGUGCUCUGCAGUUGGAGAAAAGUGUCAAUCACUCCCUCUUGGAGUUGCACAAGCUCUCCUCUCAACACAACGACCCUCACAUGUGCGAUUUCAUUGAGACGCACUACUUGGAUGAGCAAGUGAAGUCCAUCAAAGAACUGGGCGACUGGGUGACCAAUUUGCGCCGUAUGGGCGCUCCCCAGAACGGCAUGGCAGAGUAUUUGUUUGACAAGCUCACACUUGGCAAGGAGAGCAGCUAAACCAUCCAUCUUUUGUUUGCUUUACAGAUUUGAUUUCUUGUAUAAGUUUGUCUUGCUUUACAUGCUAUCAAAUUCUAUUUCCUGUUGUUUAAUUGACUGGUUUACCCACACCUCUAGUUUAAGCGGGAGAACAUGUUGGACUAUUUUGCGCUAUCAUGCUUUACUGUUUAAAAUUGUACUUCUUAUAAGCCAUGGCACUCUAUCUCUAUCUCAUUCGUGAUCUAACUUGCCUGCAUGUGAUGUGUGAUUCAUCAAUUAAAUUAUACUCCAACCCAAUAAAAUUGAUACCUCUGGGAUCUGA